GAGUUCGGAUCAUUUGGCUCAUCCCAAAUCCAACCACUUGGUGUAAUAACAAAAUCACAUUGCACUCGGUGGAAAGGAUGAUGUCUUCCAAGCACUUGUUGCUCUUGAUCCUCAGCUUGGUGGCUCUCGCUGCCCCGGCCCUAGCCGAGUACGCUGAGCCGCCGGAGCACGGCAAGCACAAGCCCCACCACCAUGGAGCCAUGCCGCCCGCUUGGGCACCACACCACGGGCACAGGCCACACCACGGGCACAUGCCACACCACAGGCCUGGCGCCCCAGGGCCGAUGCCUGAGCUUUUGGAGAAGCCGUUCCCAGGCGGCCACUACCACCACCCGCCAGCCCACGCCCCCUUCCCUCAUCACGGUCACCACCCAGCUCACGCGCCGUUCCCACACCAUGGCCAACACCACGGAGCGCACCCACCGAUGGAGAGCGGCAAGGGCCCUCACAAGCCGCACAUGCCGCAUGCGCCGGUGCCGGCUCCAGGUCAUCCCUACUGAGUUUUUGAACGCUUGAUGGCUCGUGGAUGUGCUCGUUUUCCGUUAGAAUAAGAGCCUAUGUGAUGUUCUUAUGAUUCAUCCAUGUAUUAAUUGGCCAAAUGGCAUGGCUUAUUGACCGGCCAUUACCAUAAUCUGGAUUAUACAGAGCUUGUGUAGCUCAUAUCUAUAUCCUGUUUCUCGAUUA